CCUCACCUCCUCCGCCAAGAAUCUACGUGUUACGUCUUUACGCGUGUGUGCUCGACGGAUCGAGCUGUCUAUGUCAUUCACCCCCCACAUAACAAAAAUCACCCAACUAACCUCCCGCUUCAUCCCACUCCCCCACCUCACAACCACAAUCACAUCCCCCCGCACCAUGAUCACCCCCCUCGCCACCGGCCUCCCCAUGUCCAAAAAACCCAAAAUCGAAAAAGCGUUCGACAUGUCCCGGUACUCAAAACGCUACAUCGCCCUAAAAUUCGCAUACCUCGGCUGGCCAUACCAAGGCCUCGCAGCACAAUCCGAGCCGACUGCGCUCCCGACCGUGGAAGAGGUGUUGUUUGAGGCGUUGGAGAAGGGGAAGCUGAUUGAGAGUAAGGCGGGGGAUGGGUGUAGGUAUUCGAGGUGUGGGAGGACGGAUAGGGGUGUUAGUGCGUUUGGUCAAGUUUGUGCGUUGGAGGUUAGGUCGAAUGGACCACUCGAUGUCGAAGGGGGUGGAACGGUGCAUGUGGGCGUACCGAGUGGUGCGUGGGAGGAGUUGCCGUAUGUGGAGAAACUGAAUCGGUUGUUGCCGCCGUCGAUUAGGGUUUUGAGCUGGACCCCGGAAAUUCCCGCGGAUUUCUCCGCGAGGUUUUCGUGUUCGGGUCGGCAUUACAAGUAUUUUUUGAUGAUGGGGAAUGGGUUGGAUAUCGAGGCCAUGAGGGAGGCUGCGGGGUAUUUCGUUGGUGAGCAUGAUUUUCGGAAUUUUUGCAAGUUGGAUCCGACAAAGCAGAUCACCAACUUCAAGCGGGGUGUCAAACGGGCCACUAUUUCCCCCGUGUCUGAUGAAAACCAACAAGGAGCGUUGGGAAUGUUUGUGUUUGAUUUGGAGGGGACGGCGUUUUUGUGGCAUCAGGUACGGUGUAUGGUCGCGAUUUUGCUCCUCGUUGGACAAGGACACGAAAAGGCUACGAUUGUGAGGGAUUUGUUGGAUGUGGAGAAGUUUCCGACGAAACCGGUGUAUGAUAUGGCGUCUGAUUUGCCGCUCGUGCUGUAUGACUGUGAGUUCGAGGGUGUGAAGUGGGAACGCGGCGGUGCGGACCCGCUGGCCGAGGCGAGAAUUCUUCGUGGAUUGGUGUCGUCGCUUUACUCAACCUGGCACGAGGAAAAACUGAAAGAGACGAUGGCGCGACAUCUUUUGCACUCCGUUGCGCCUGCGUCUGAGAUCGAGGGUAUUUUAGCGAGGGAUGAGAAUGGCAAGGAGUUGAAACUGAAUCAGGACGGGACGGGGUUCGCGAAACCGGUGAAGAAUUACGUGGCGUUGGCGAAUCGGAGGAGACAGAGGCAUUUCGAGGAGGCGAAUGAGAUUUGGAGGCAGAAGAAGGAUCGGAGUAACGAGGAGUAAAAGUGCCAGUCAAGAUGUUACCCUGA